GACUCGACCGAUCAACGCCCAUACAAACAUCAACUCCUCGUCCUAUUACUUGAAGAACUGCCAAAAUGGUCGAGUUAGUAGAAGUUGAGGAUGAGUCCUUUGAGACCAAGCAAGCAGGCCCUGAGGAGAACGACGACGACUACUACACUGAUACCGACUCCGAAAUCUCUACCGACGAUGAAGACAAUGUCCCUCAGGAGGAAACGCUGGCAGAACGAUUGCUUGCGCUUCGAGACAUAAUUCCCCCUACAACCCGAUCAUACAUCUCCAACAAAGUCGAGACUACUGCAGGCUGGAUCAAAUCGGGACUCUUAUUCGGUGGCAAGACGUUGUGGGUUGUAAGCACGAGUGCGUUACUGUUGGGUGUGCCGUGGGCGUUGGCCUUUGCGGAGGAACAGCAGAUGGUUGAGAUGGAGAAGGAGAUGAAGAUGCGAGAUAUGGGUGGAGAGCUGCUUAACCCCGGAACGACCGCUAGCGCAUUGAACGCUCAACUCUCUGCGCAACAAGGCAAACCAGCGUUGUAAUGAUGAGGACGAACGAGGGGCGUGGAAGCAAAGGGAAUUUGGGGCAAAUAGAUGAAUGAUUGCGUUGUAUAUUAGGGAGCGUUGGACGGCUGCAUAAUCAGGGAGCCUCUGAAGUCACAAGCCCAUAUUGUAAAAUUAGAUCUCAUCUCAUAAAGAACACAAAUUGUUCUGCAUCUCC